GACCCCGCCGUCCAGGACGUCCGCGUGCUCCUUCCAUCAGUCAUCCGUCCGUCUCGUCCGUGGGCGUGUCUGCCAUCGCUUCCGUCCGCACGCGGUGCGUACCCCAGCAGGUCGCCGCCGCCGCCAGCAUCCGCGUCGGGCUUGCGCGACUUCCGAGGGGGUUUGGCCCGUCCGCGCCGUCAGUUCAGCGUCGACAGCCGUCGUGUCGCGUGCAUGUCAUGUCCCAUCCACGAGCGCCGUGAUGAGUUCGAACGAGACGAAAAACUGCUCCCCCGGCCUGAUGCUGCCGUGCUGGGGCCCGCCCGGCGAGGUCAUGUCCACGACCGAUCAGGUGGGCCGCGGCCUGGUCUACUUCCUCGCCAUGGUGUACCUCUUCAUCGGGGUGUCCAUCAUCUCCGACCGGUUCAUGGCCGCCAUCGAGGUGAUCACGUCGCAGGAGCGCGAAGUCACCGUCAAGAAGGCGGGCGGCGAGCGCCACAUCGUGGUGGUGAGGGUGUGGAACGAGACGGUGGCCAACCUCACGCUGAUGGCGCUGGGCUCCAGCGCCCCCGAGAUCCUGCUGUCGGUCAUCGAGAUCUACGCGAAGAACUUCGAGGCGGGCGACCUGGGGCCGGGCACCAUCGUCGGCUCGGCGGCGUACAACCUCUUCGUGAUUAUCGCGCUCUGCGUGAUGGUUAUCCCCGACGGGGAGGUGCGCAAAAUCAAGCACUUGAGCGUCUUCUUCGUCACGGCGAUUUGGUCCGUUUUUGCCUACGUCUGGCUGUAUAUGAUUCUAGCGCUGUUCUCGCCGGGGGAGGUGGAGAUUUGGGAGGGUUUGCUCACAUUCCUGUUCUUCCCGCUGACGGUGCUGACGGCGUAUGCUGCAGACAGAAAAAUGUACAAGUACAUGAAGAAGGACUAUAGAAUGAACCGCCGCGGCGUCAUCGUCCAGGCCGAAGGCGACAACCUAGAAAUGGGCAGCGCCGAACUCCUCGGUCUCGACGAUGUCCACGACGACAUCAAGCAAGAAUACAUCAACACCUUGAAAGACUUGCGCCAACAGCACCCCCACGCCGACCUCAGCGCCCUGGAGCGCAUGGCCCAUGAGAGCCUCCUCAACCGCGGCCCCAAAUCGCGGGCCUUCUACCGCAUCCAGGCCACCAGGAAGCUCAUGGGCAGCGGAGACCUCCUCCGGCGCAUCUCCGAGAGGGCCCAGAGCGACCUCAGCGAGAUCAAAGCUGAGAUCCAGCGCGAAUCCGGCGCCGCGGAAUUCAACCCUUCCAACACUCGAAUAUUUUUCGAGCCUUCCAAAUACACGGUUUUGGAGAGUUGCGGUCGUUUCGAGGUUAGGAUUGCCAGGACCGGCGACCUGGACAACGCGAUCAGCGUGGAUUACUUCACCGAGGACGGGACGGCACAGGCUGGAAGCGAUUACGUUCCGACUAAGGGGACGUUGCACUUUGGGCCUGGGGAAAAGGAGAAGAGGGUGGCGUUGGAGGUGAUCGAUGAUGAUGUUUUUGAGCCGGAUGAGCAUUUCUUUGUGAAGCUGAGGGGGGCUAAGCCGGCGGGAGUUCUGGGAUCGCCCACUUUGGCUACUGUUAUUAUUCUGGAUGAUGACCACGGAGGGUUGUUCAAGUUUGAGGAGCAGAACCACGAGUUGGUGGAGAGUGUUGGGAUUUACGAACUGAGAGUGAUUAGGUGUUCGGGGGCUAGAGGAAGGGUGAUUGUGCCCUACAGGACGGAGGACGGAACGGCUAAGGCCGGAAAGGAGUACGAGGCUAAUGAAGGGCAACUUAUUUUUGAAAACAACGAGUCAGAGAAAACCAUCCCAUUAACAAUAAUCGAAGAAGACAGCUAUGAAAAGGACGUCUUACUCUACGUACAACUGGGCGAGCCUCAGAUGUCUGGUGCAAGCUUAGCAGCUGCAGCUGAAAAGAAACGACCCGAACAUCGCACCGAACAGGAGAAAGUAGCGAUAAUGGGGAAGCCAAGACUCGGAGAUAUCGUCAGGGCACAAAUUCGAAUCAAAGAGAGUAAAGAGUUCAGGAAUACUGUGGACAAAUUGGUGCAACGAGCUAAUGCCUCGCUCUUAAUCGGAACGUCGUCCUGGAAGGAGCAGUUCGUCGAAGCCAUAACUGUGAGCGCCAGUGAUGAGUCAGACCAGAAGAAGCCGUCUGGACUGGACUAUGUGUUGCAUGUCCUCACGCUUUUCUGGAAAAUUUUAUUUGCCUUUGUGCCACCCACAGAUAUGUGCAAGGGAUAUCUCUGCUUUUUCGUCUCAAUCCUCAUCAUAGGAGUAGUUACUGCUGUAAUCGGUGACGUAGCUUCCCACUUCGGCUUCACCCUCGGAAUCGAGGAUUCCGUAACAGCUAUAGUAUUCGUCGCCCUCGGAACGAGUAUUCCAGACACAUUCGCCAGCAAAGUAGCCGCCAUCCAUGAUAAGCAUGCCGAUGCCAGUAUAGGAAAUGUAACAGGAAGUAAUGCCGUGAACGUGUUCCUUGGUAUCGGAGUGGCCUGGUCAAUGGCGGCGAUUUACCACGCCACGAAAAGAAAACCGUUCCGGGUAAAACCGGGGAAUUUAGCCUUCUCCGUGACGAUAUUCUGCUCGGAGGCGGCGGUCUGCAUCCUAGUUCUAAUGUUGCGUCGAUCGCGGAUUGUCGGCGGCGAGUUGGGAGGACCAAAGUGCCUCAAGGUCCUAACGGCGGCUUUUUUCCUCGUUCUGUGGUUAUUUUACCUCACCAUGUCUACGCUGGAAGUUUAUCACGUCAUUAAAGGAUUCUAGGACGUGUGCGCGGAGUUCUUCAAUGACUAUCCUGAUCCUCGAGUUCUUGGUAAACUACUACAACGAAUCAGCGUUCUGUUUACAAAUCCAGCACUAGUCACCGUGGUUGUGGUUACGUCAUACUUAAUCUAAGGCUUCUAAAAAUCAAAUGUACUUAAAUUAUUUAAAGGCGUCCGCGAAUCGCACGGUUCCAAUCCAUGCAAUAAUGCAAUAACAUAACCUCAAAUUACAACGUCACGUGCGUACGAUUGGAGCCGUUUGAUUGGUCGAUGCGUUUAAUUUAGAUGGUGAUUAGUCCACUUCACACAACUCAAUUUCUGCUUAUCGAUUUAGUGAUCGCCAUCUUAUGGCUAAAGUAUAGACUUGAUUUUUGCCUUAACGACAGGCCUGCCAUUGUACUAGAUUAUAUUUUUAUUGAGUCAGUUUUACAAUGAUCCUAGUACAAAAGGAGAUAUAUUUAUUUUGCAUCAUAGAAGCAGAUUUUUUUAAGAGGACAUGAUUACGCACUUUGAAUUAUAUUGGAAUAAACUUGAACUAGAUUAUAGUCUGAAUUAGCCUUAGAGUAUGCGAGUGUUCAAUAACAUAGCCUACAAAGACUACGUCAACCUUAAUUAUUAUAAUGUUGUAAGUUACGCUGUUAUAUAGUAUACGGGUGUACCGAAUCUACCGCCCACCUUCGUAUCUAAUGUCCAUUCCGUCUGAAAAUGGUAUACUGUUGUGGGGGCCAGAUUCGAGACGGCUGUAUGUCGAUAUAGUCUAGUCAUGUUAGUUAUUAAAUUCAACUGUGUAAAAAGUGAUUUAAAAAGACCACGAUAGUAAAAUGGGAAUUCAAAUUAUACACACAAGAAUUAAUUCAAAAGGCUGAAGAAUGGAACCAUAUGGUAGUAAAUAUUCUGAAUGUGUACUGUAGGUAAAGGUAUAUUUAAAAGUAUUAUUCUUUCUAAUAGCAGAGUUUUUCGUACACAAUUCUUCCGGUUUUUCGCUCUCUAGCAUACUGUGAUCUCUUUUAGAUUACGCCAAAUUCCUUCUAGCUUCGUACAAGUAAUGAGCUUUUAAAUAUACCAAUACAUCCCCUAAUAGGUUUUGUACACGUAGAAAAAUUAAUCAAAAACACGAAUUUUGUAUGGAGGUAGAUAGUCGUAGUGACACCUGUAGACCUUUUGCUAUAAUUUGAUUCCUCCCAUUAGACAAAUAUCAAAAGGUAAAAGCGAAGAGCCAAUACUCGAUUAUUUUACAAUCUAAUGUGUUUAGAUAUUACUUCCAAAUAGUUAAGAGUUUAUAUAUUUUAUUUUAAUGUCAUCAAGUGGCGACAAUUCGAGCUGAACGGGACCAGAUAUAGUAAACAGCAGUUUGGAACUAGUUUAAAGGCACCUGAUUAACGUAAUUUAACGUAGUAGGAGUUCAAUAAUUUCAAAAAUCAAACGCAUUUUCAAAAUUCUACCAAGAUGAACCCCGGCUGUAUAGGCAACUAGCAACACCUCUUUAACUUUUUUUUGGAAAAGCGCUGUCUUGUAGGGACACUCAAACUUGAAACAAUUUAAACGUACUGUGUGUUGCCUAUACAUUCAGGAUGCAUCUAACCACUAUGACAUAUUUCACAAUAUCGCUACGCUUCUUGCCUUUAAAUUAGUUCCACAUGUAGAUAAAGCCGUGUUGUGCAUCGCUGAUUGUUGCGCCAUUUUUCGCUUCCGGGAAAGUCCGCGUUUGCGGAUACAAAUAAAUACAGGGCCGUACUGAAUUUAAGUAUUCCAACAGUGUCGAUUACGUGACUGAGAAAGCGAACCUUCGUCUAAAAUCUCCGGCUGAAUCAGCCGUUUCAAGAACGCCUCGAAUUGUCGGAGCUUGGUGGAUUUAGUAACCGUAAAGUUGUAUCCAUGUGUUGUUUGUUUCAUAGUUUUCUCGUUCUUACCAAAAAUCAUCCCGUUUUCAUGUUUCAUAUAGGGCUUCCAAUAGAAAUUCACGGAAUUAUUUUCGGAGUCUUGUAAUUUUAGUAAAACCUCAACGAUGAUUUCAAGCUUAUUAUAUAUUUUUUUACAAAAUGCAUACGUUUUGUGAUGUACCUAGUUGUAAAUGUAAUGAAAUUUUUACAUCCCCAGAUGUACUAAAAUGUAAGUCCAGGAGUUAAUAUAAUUCAAUUGUGAGUGUUUUAGAGACCACUUUAUUGUAAACAAGUGUUUUACGGCAACAAAAUCCUACUUAAUUAACAUAUACCCGAUAAUUAUAUUACCUUACCCUCAGAGAUGUAAUUUCAUUUAGGAACCGUGUUUACACGUGUUUCCUUUGAAAUAGUUUAUAGGUGUGGGUUUUACCAACUUCGGUUUUAAUUAAUUAAUUUAUUGUUUUAAAUUAUAUUUUUUUAUUACUUUAUUGUAGGUUAGUAUGUUACAUAUCUUUGGCACAACGGUGCAAGCCAAAUGAACCAAAACAUUAUUUAUUAUAGAAUGGAUAUUUGCUAGAGUUGUUGUCAUAAUAUUCAAUUAAUUAUUAAAUUUAAACAGAGAAUGUUCGAUUCAAUAAAGAGUAUGUACCUA